GUCUAAAACCCCAUUCUGGAUUAGGCCGGCUCUCAGCUUUCCCGUCGUCUACGGCUGACCGCCGGCGCUCCUCGGUGCACUGCCCCUGCGGCACUCCCAUUAUUUGUCCAAUAUAGACUUGGUAAACAUGAAUGCCAUAAGCUACAACGCCAUUACAAAACCUAACUUUUUUCUUGUACGGUGUGAGGUAUCCGUUCUUGCGUUCCGUAGAGCCCAACUUAAUUCGGCUCAGAAUUUAUGUAUUUUACAUCGUUGUGAUAAGAAAAACUCUAUCAUGAGUCUAUGUUGUUCCGUUGCGGGUAGGACACUGUCUUCUAGAUUGGAGGAUUUUAAAUUACCAAAGUCUGGAACUUGUAAUGGGAGUCGUCAAAAACAAAAAAUUGAUGCAUCAUCAGUGUACAUUCAUCCUAGUUUGUUGCAAAUGAAGAACGAGAGGGCAGCAAAUCGCGCACUUAUUUAUGACUUCUUGAGAGGGAUUGGCAUUGUUCCCGACGAGCUUGAUGGAUUAGAGCUUCCUCUUUCCAUUGAAGUCAUGAGAGAGCGUUUGGAUUUCCUUCACAAAUUGGGUCUCACGGUUAAAGACAUCAACAACUACCCUCUUGUCCUUGGAUGCAGUGUGAAGAAAAACAUGAUUCCCGUUCUUGAUUACCUUGGCAAGUUGGGUGUGAGAAAAUCCACAUUCACCGGAUUCCUUCGCCGAUACCCACAAGUUCUCCAAGCUAGUGUUGUGGUUGACCUUGUUCCAGUUGUCAAGUAUCUUCAAGGUUUGGACAUCAAACCGAAUGAUAUUCCCCUAGUUCUUGAGAAAUAUCCAGAAGUACUGGGAUUCAAGCUUGAGGGCACAAUGAGUACUUCUGUUGCAUAUCUUGUCGGCAUUGGGGUGGCAAGAAGAGAAAUCGCGGGAGUGUUGGUGAGGAAUCCCGAGAUAUUAGGGAUGAGAGUGGGCCGGGUGAUCAAGCCUUUUGUGGAAUAUCUUGAGAGUGUGAUAGGAAUUCCAAAGUUAGCCGUGGCUAGGUUGAUUGAAAAAGAUCCACACAUUCUUGGUUUUGGGCUUGAAGAGAGAGUCAAACCUAAUGUGGACUCUCUUAUACGGUUCAAUCUCAGAAAAUCUUCACUCCCAUCCGUCAUUGCUCAAUACCCUGCAAUUUUAUGGCUUAAUCUCGACGAAAAGCUGAAAGCCCAACAAAGUUUUCUCUAUUCACUCUUAGGUCUAUGCCCUGAGGAUUUUGGGAGAGUUGUGGAGAUGAUGCCACAGUUUAUACUCGCAUUGAAUAUCGAUACCAUGAAACAUAGUUUUGAUUACUUCACUCGUGAGAUGCGCGGGAGACCAUUGGAUGAGUUGGUUGCUUUCCCUGCAUUCUUCACAUACGGACUCGAAUCAACCAUAAAACCAAGACAUAAGAAGAUUGCUGCAAAAGGGUUAAAAUGUUCCCUUGCAUGGAUGCUUAACUGCUCGGAUGAGAGAUUCGAGGAUCGGGUGCAUAAUGACUCCAUUGAAAUAGAAGAGAUGGAACCAAGUUCGUCUUUUGACAUGAACACCCUUAUGCAACCCCGAACCGAUGAUUCAGACUCAGACUAUGACGAUGAUGCUGAUGACGACCACGACGACACUGAGUAUGAUUAAUUAAUUAAUAUUUUUAGUUGGCGAAAAGAAUGAUUAAUUGAUUAGUAUAGGCACGCUAGAAUGUUUUACAAGUGCAUUAGAAAAAACCCUGUACCAUAAGUUUAUUCGUGUGUGAUUGGGUCCUUUCAGUACCCCUGAUUUGCUGAAUCCAUAUGCCACAUCAUUACGAUUAGGGAAAGAAAAUUUGGGGAAGGAAUAAUGCAUUGGUUCAAAU